AUCAGAUCCGACAGCCUGCUCCCCUCCCUCCUCCCGUUUCCUCUCUCCCCUCCCCACCCGGUCGUCGUCGUCGCGGCGCGAGCGAGCGGGCGAGACAGAGCGAGAGCGGGGAAAACCCAAAACCCUAGCGCCCCGUCCCCGCCGGCCGCGAGCGGGGAGAUGGCGGUGGAUGAGGUCACCUCGGUCUACGUCGGCGGCCUUCCCUACGAGGCCAACGAGGACAUGCUCCGCAACGCCUUCGAGUACUACGGCACCAUCGUCUCCGUCAAGGUGAUAAAUGAUCAUUCUGUCAAAGGCAAGUGUUAUGGUUUUGUUACUUUCACUCACCCCAAAGCUGCGGAGGAUGCAAUUGCAAGCAUGGAUGGCAAGAGAAUAGGCAAUCGCGUUGUUAGAGUAAAUGAAGUGCGCACAAGAGGUCCCCGAGAUUUUGGUCGCGAUGGUUUUAGACGAGAUCCUAGAAGGUAUGGUAGAGAUCCAUACUGGGACAGAAGGGAUAGAGAACGGAGCUAUGAUCGCGAAAGAGAUCCCUACCAUGAAAGGGAUAGUGAUCGAUCUCGUGAGCAUGACAGAGACAAAGAUUAUGAGCAUGGUGGCUUCAAUCGAGACAUUGAUUAUCCCAUGGAUCGUGAUCAUGAAGUAGACGAGAGGCGUCCUAGAGAGCAUGAUCGUGCACUAGAAAUACAUAAUAUGGAUUCAGAUGAUGACAGAGACAAGGAGCACGGGUCAAGAAAAAGAUUCAGCCGUGCAAAAGGUCGUGAUAGCAGAGAUUUAUCGAGUUCCAGUGAUGGUCUUCAAAAUGAUCAGGAAAAGAAUCACUUGGACAAGGCCAUUCAGAUGCGCGAGGACCUUGAAAAUGAGGUUCACCAGAUGAAAGAUAAAAUUGCAGCAAAAGAACAGCACAUUGCCGACUUGCAGAAGAAAGCUCAGAAAUUAGAGGAUGAACUGGUUGCUGCACGCAAAGUCUCUUCAGAACGACAAUUAGCUGUUACAGAUUUGUACAAACAUUUUCUCCAACUUCAAGACUACAAUGACAGAGUCAAGACGGCCGAACAGAGGCUUCAGUCUCUUGUCAAUGCUGCGAUGGUCGAGCUUGACAUGGCCGAAGAUGCUACAACCAGAGACGGCUCGAUGUAUGAGAAUGGCGUGGUUUGAACUUCUGGGCGCCGCCAGACUGUAUGGUUUUUCAGUAACUAAUUUAUUAGACUUUUUAGCUUGUUGCUAUAAUGCUAUGUAAUAGAACUGUGUGGAAAGUAUCGAGCAAUGUUAUGUAAAGGAUCAGUAAACGAGUGGCUGCUCAUUUUCUUCUAUUAUGGUCCAGACUUCUCUUUCAAGCUGAAUUUAUUAGCCGGCCUGACUAUUGCUGAUACGGUAAGCUCAGCCCGUGAUAUGUCAACAAGUUCAGUUGUGCAA